AUGGCUCAGUUGCUCGGCACUCACCUACAUCACACAACGGCCUACCACCCACAAGCAAACGGUCUCUUAGAACGUUUUCACCGGCAUAUGAAGGCAUCGCUCAGGGCAAGACUCACUGGCCCAAACUGGAUGGACGACUUACCAUGGGUCAUGCUGGGUAUCCGCACUGCCCCAAAGGAGGACCUAGGAACUUCUUCGGCCGAGCUAGUGUAUGGUGCCCCGCUUACCAUACCAGGAGUUUUCAUCCCGGCAGCACGAAGACAUCAGGAGCUGCCCAUGCCCAUGCUGACACGCCUCCGUGAGAAAGUGGGCACCCUCUCUCCAGUACCAACAUCCCGACACGGCCUCCCAACCACGUAUGUCCCACCCGUCCUCCGGGACUGCCAGUACGUUUUCCUUCGACGUGAUUCCCUUCGUACAUCACUACAAAAACCUUAUGAGGGGCCCUUCAGAGUAGUGCAAAAUCACCCUACGGCUUUCAUAAUCGACAUGGGCGGCAGACACGAAACUGUCUCGAUCGAUCGUCUUAAGCCGGCACACUUGGACAUCGAUCAACCUGUGCAUGUGGCACAACCCUGCCGCAGAGGGCGUCCACCAUCACACCCACAGCCACCCUCAACUCGACCAGCAUCAACGCCGACCACGACAAGAUCAGGCCGCCUACCUCGGCGCCCUGACCGUCUCCAAUACUCCGGUUCUGGGGGGGGUUAUGUGGCGGACCGAGCCACUUGA